AUGGCCGAACGCCAGCUGCAGCAGAUCCUCUCCCAGCUGAAAUCCCAAUCCUCGACCCUCAGCUACGCCGACGCCGCUCCCCUCCUCUCCAAAGCAAAACUCCAGCUCCUGAAGCUCAACGCCCUCUCCCCCUCCCCCGCCACCAUCACCAGCAACAAGCAGCAACAGCAGCAGCAGCCACCCCAGAGCGUCCUCACCCUCGCCCGCGAGACAUACGAGCAAGGAGCCCUGUACAGCAUCCGGGCGCGGGACCCGGAGGCCUUCACGCGGUACGUGGCGCAGCUGGCGCCCUUCUACGAGCUGCCGGCCUCGGUGCUCCCGCCGUCGCUCGCCGAGCGCAACCGCGUCACGGGCCUGUACCUGCUGCUGCUGCUGACGCAGGGCCGGUACGCCGAGUUCCACUCGGAGCUCGAGAGCCUGGCGGCCCGCGAGGGCGGCGGCGCCACCGCCGACGUCGAGGGCGACCGCUUCCUGGGCUACCCGAUCCGCCUCGAGCGGUGGCUCAUGGAGGGGAGCUACGACCGCGUGUGGAAGGCCAUGAAGAGCCGCGAGGUGCCGAGUGAGGAGUUUGCUGUGUUCUCUGAGAUCCUCACCUCCCAGAUCCGCUCCGAGAUCGCCUCCAGCAGCGAGCGCGCCUACCCGUCCCUGCCUAUCUCGUCCACAAAGUCGCUCCUCUUCCUCGACUCCGAGGGCGCCGUCAUCGAAUUCGCCCGCUCCCGCGGCUGGACCCUCAAGGACGGCAGGAUAUACUUCCCCAAGGAGGCCGAGGCCGCUGCUGCCGGCGGGGAAGGAGACGAUGACGAUGAGGCCGCGGCCGGUGCCGGCGGAAAGGAAGAGAUGAGCAAGCUGGUUAUCGAGAACGCGCUGGGUUACGCCCGAGAGCUGGAGACUAUUGUAUAG